UGGUUUGCAUAUCGUGUGUGUGUUUUUCCAUAAAAGGAGUUGGCCGGAUGCUGUGUGAUGUGGUGCAGGAGUCAGGUCUCGUGUGCAGUUCAUUUGAAUGUUUAGUACGUAGAGAGCUCGCGGAGAGAAAGACGCAUGGAGCGCGCACUCAGUUUCUGACAGCUGAACACGGACAUACCUUACGUUCUGUCUGCACAUCUUUAAUCAAAACAUUUGGAUUACAUUUGGAGGCACCGGGCUGACGCCAUGCACCCUUGUGUUUUCCGCGUGUGUUUUCGUCGGGGUUUGCUCAUAUUUUCAGUUUUAUGCGAAGCUGCUGCUUUCAACCUAGAUUUGGAAAAGCCAACGGUUUACAAUGGACCAGAGGGAAGUUACUUUGGAUACUCACUGGACUUUUACCACCCAACACAGGAUAGAAACGCCAUGUCGGUGCUGGUUGGGGCUCCUAAAGCGAACACCUCUCAGCCAGGGAUUGUGGAGGGAGGAGCGGUGUACUACUGCCCCUGGCCGGCAACAGACCCAGACUCCUGCCGCCAGAUCCCCUUUGAUAAAGCAAAUAACCGAAUGGUUAAAGUGAACGGGACACGGGAGCCUCUAGAAUUUAAAUCCCAUCAGUGGUUUGGAGCCACAGUCAGGACCCACAAAGGCAAAGUGGUGGCUUGUGCACCCCUCUAUCACUGGAGGACAGUGAAGGUCAGCAGUGAGAUGGAUCCAGUGGGAACUUGUUAUGUGGCUGUCCAGAACUUUAGUGCCUAUGCUGAAUAUUCACCAUGUCGAACCAAUAACCCGGACCCCGAGGGCCAGGGCUUCUGCCAGGCAGGCUUCAGUGUUGAUUUCACUAAGGAAGGGACUCUGGUUGUGGGAGGGCCAGGGAGUUUCUACUGGCAAGGUCAAGUGAUCACUGCAGGAGUUGCAGAAAUAUUGAACGGCUAUUCCCUGAAAACUAUUCUGCGCAAAGUUCAGGGAGAGAAGCAGACUGUGGCUGCAUCAGACACAUAUGAUGACAGUUACCUAGGUUACUCUGUAGCAGUAGGAGAGUUUACAGGUGAUUUAGAACAAGAACUGGUAGCAGGGGUACCUCGAGGGGCACACAACUUUGGUUAUGUGGCUGUAAUCAACACAACAAACCUGACAUUUAUUCAGAAUUUUACUGGGGAGCAGAUGGCCUCUUAUUUUGGAUACACUGUUGCAGUGACUGAUCUAAACGGAGAUGGGAUAGAUGACGUGCUAGUUGGAGCUCCACUCUACAUGGACCGUGAGUUUGAGAGUAAACCUCGUGAGGUGGGCCGUGUGUACCUGUACCUGCAAGAGGACGUGCUUCUCUUCUCCCCUCCAAUCACACUCACUGGAACACACCUGUUCGGCCGGUAUGGAAGUGCCAUCGCCCCUCUCGGAGAUAUCAACCAGGAUGGCUAUCUGGACGUGGCAAUAGGGGCUCCAUUCGCAGGGGAAGAUCGUGGUGGCAGGGUCUUCAUCUAUAACGGGCAAAAAUCUGGGCUGAUGUUACAGGCAUCUCAAGUGCUGAAAGGUGAAUGGGCCUCAUCCGCCAUCCCAGCAGGCUUUGGAUUCACCCUGCGAGGAGAUUCUGACCUCGAUAACAACCAAUACCCUGAUUUGCUGGUCGGUGCAUUCGGAGUGAGUAAAGUUGUGGCCUACAGGGCGAGGCCAGUGGUUACGGUGGACGCUCAGCUGAUUUUGACACCCAGAAUUCUCAAUCCUGAGGACAAGUCCUGCUGCAUGCCCAAUUCUGAUCUUAUGGUAACCUGUCUCUCAGUAAAUGUGUGUGCAAAGAUCUCUGGGAUUGGUAUUCCUGAUUAUGUAGCUCUGAGAAUGGACCUGCAGCUGGACUGGCUGAAGCAGCGUGGAGCAGUUAAGAGGAUCUUGUUCAUGGACUCUCACCAGCACCAGAGAACCCAACAGUUGGUUUUGGGUCAAGGGGACCGCCAACAUUGCCAUAACUACACUGUUUACCUGCGGGAUGAGGGAGAAUUCAGAGAUAAACUGAGUCCUAUCAGCGUGACACUGAACUACAGUCUGGACCAGGACUCCCCUCCACCUGGCCUCCAGCUGCGGCCCAUUUUGGACCACUACAGCAAGACCUUCCACCAUGAGCAGGCAAACAUCCUGUUGGACUGUGGUGAAGACAACAUGUGCAUCCCAGAUCUUAAACUUUCUGCUAAAAUGGACCGGACUGAACUUAUAAUCGGGGAUGACAACUUGCUUGUGUUGAUCAUUAAUGCAGCCAAUAGGGGUGAGGGGGCGUACGAGGCAGAGCUUCAUGUGACCCUCCCACCAGAGGCAGACUAUAUUGGUGUGGAGCGCAGACGUGAGGAUCUUCAGCGGCUGAACUGUGAGCACAGGACAGAGAAUGAUACCAGAGUUGUGGUUUGUGACCUGGGAAACCCAAUGGUGGCUGAGACAAACUUGUCAGUUGGUUUACGGUUUUCUGUACAGAGGCUGGAAGAUGCCCCUCCUUCCAUUGGCUUUGAGCUGCAGAUACACAGCUCUAAUAAGGACAACUCCAGAAGCGUUCUGGUGAAUUUGACUCUAAGCAUUGCAGCGAGAGCACAGGUGGAGAUCAGAGGUGUGUCUCACCCCGCUCAGGUUGUGUUGCCUUUCCCUCGAUGGGAACCCAAAGAGAAACCUGUGAGAGAGGAUGACGUCGGCCCUCAGGUUCAACACAUAUAUGAGUUACAUAAUAAGGGUCCAAGUUCAAUAAGCAGGACUGUAUUGGAGGUGGGAUGGCCCAGUUGGUACCGUGAGGAACACCUCCUGUAUGCUCUUCAGAUCAUUACAGACGGACCUGUUCACUGCAGUGUUAAUGGCUCCCUAAACCCACUUAAGUUAGAGACCUCCACUCUUCAGGACACUCCAGAAUUACUGGGCUUUCUGAGGAACAGCAGCGGUCCAACUCGCCAUAGACGAUCUGUUUCUACAGCCCAGAGUUACAACAGCAAGAUUCUGAACUGCUCAAAUAUCAACUGCCUGAUGGUGGAAUGUGUUGUGGAUCGCUUGGAUCGAGGGCAGAGUGCAGUGAUCAAGUUCAGAUCUCGACUCUGGGCUCACACCUUCUUACAGAGACGGAAUGACCACUACACGCUAAACUCCACAGUGUCCUUUCAAGUGAUGUCCAUGCCUUACCGGAUCAAAGCUGAUUCACUCCCACACCAGAGCAAAUCAAUUGGCACAUUUGUGGUGUGGGCCAUUCCUGAUGUUUCUUUUGCCAUUCCCCUGUGGGUAAUAAUUCUGGCUAUACUGCUGGGACUGCUGGUACUGGCUAUGCUUAGCCUAGCAAUGUGGAAGUGUGGCUUCUUCGAUCGGGCGCGUCCACCCAAAGACAGUGAUGUGUCAGACCGAGAGCAGUUGACCGCAAAAAAAUCAACAGAUGCCUGAGAGCAGAACAGAUGACAAUUCUGAAAAAAAGAGGUCAUGGGAUGAAUCACCAUGAAGAGAGUGGAGGGGCUGUGUCCAAAGGUUUCGGUAUCUUUGUAGAAGACUACAGAUCCAAGCCUCUAAAUAAACUACAGCUCUCACACUGGACUGCAAUCUGUGAGCUGGCCCACAGUACCAGUCAAAAACAUUUUUAAAGCUUUAUUUAAAAUGACAGAAGAGCAAGAACUCUGGACAUGGCACUCUGAUAGAGCUGCGAUCCCAAGAGCGAUAUGCUAGAACAAAACUACAGGCUGAUCAAUACAAUCCCGAAGAUCAAGAUCUCACUCUCUGAUCAACUCCAUUGAGUUACAUUGAAACACAGUGAUGAUUUUGGACAAUAUAUUGUUUAAACUACCAAUGGAACUUAAGGUCAUAUCUUCUCAUCACCAGCUCAGCACUGGAUAUGGAUCGUUCCACAAUAAGCUUCACAUUGGCCACACACACACUGCAGCUAAAUAUGGAUUCACUCCUCUUUUAAGACAUUUCCAAUGUUUCUUUCAUUUAAUAUUUAAAUAUCAAACAACAAACAGGUUAAACUGUUCCAUAUUUCAUGUUUAUAGCCGAGAGAUUAUUACUUUAUUAUUAUGAUUAUUACUGUGGCAGUUUCAGGAAUGACUCCUGUUUUAUGUACACACACGGAACAAUAAUUUGCAGUGUGUAUAUGGCCAUUUUUAACAGAAUGUUUAAAAAAUAUCACACAUAGAAAGUCACAUACUGUAUGCAAAUAAUUGAUGUCACCUACAAGUAUACUUUAUGUAUUGUCAUAAAAUUAAUUGAUAAUGAUGGUGUAGUGGUAAAUUCUGCGAUCUGACUAGAAUCUUUAUUCUUACAAAGCUGGUCUGUUGCAUCAUCAGCCUACAGUGUAGUUUUAUAGCAUUGUCUCAUUUCACAUGCCUUGUCAGUGAUUCUACUGAUUACAUGUUGGAGCUUGUAAAAGAAUUGCUCACUAAGUACAAAUAUGGGAAUGGGGGUUAUGAGCAGAUAUAAAUUAUAUGUGCAAUAAUGGGACAUUUUUGAGUUGAUAAUUUGUGUGUACACUGGCUCCAAAAUGUGUAAAACCUGAGGUUCAGGUUGUUUUGUAUAUAAAGUUAAAACACUUGUCAGGCUUGGUCAAAGAAUAUUUCUUUUCCAAACUAAAGGGAACAACAAUAUUUUGUCUUUCAGCACCCUAAAUGCAUCUAUAAAUCACCAAUAAUGUUAAUGACAUGGGCACAUUUAUUUAAUCUGUUGGGAAUUAUUUUUUAUUUUUUUUAUACAGACUGCUACUGUAACGUGUUGUAUUCAGAUUAUGUUAAUAUUAAUAACAUCUUUUUUUCCUGGUUUCUUAUAUAUUUUUACCUCAAUCAAUGCCCAAUCAAUGUAUUUCAAUAAAUAUGGACCGAUAAUUCAAGAGCUGUUUUAAAAUUUUAGUUUUAACGAAACCACAUCUUGUCAUUCAUAUUUUCUCCACUGGAAGGACGUGAUCAAUGUUUCAGUUCUUAACUGAUAUUAUGAUGCGCAGCCCUGUCUAUUUUUAGUUUACACUUAUGAAAUUAAAAUGGAAUUUAAACUAA